AUGGAGGAUACAACCAUAUCAACAACAGCACCACCACCUGAAAAGUCUCAACUUCCAUGGUACCGUCGGUUAAACCAGAUGAAGGGCCUCCUCCUAGCCCUCGUCUCAAUGGCCCAGAUGCUUGAUAUUAUCAAUGUUGCCAGUGUGACCAUUGCCCUCCCCAACAUCCAAGAAGAGAUCGGAUACUCCACCGACCAGUUGCAGUGGGUAACUUCAGCGUACGCGCUAGCUUACGGAGCAUUCCUCCUCAUCGGCGGCAGAUUCGGUGACCUCUUCGGCCACCGUCGAACCUACAUCUUUGGAGUCACCUGGUUCUCCAUCUGGGCGAUCGUUAACGGAUUCGCAAAAGAUCCAAUCAUCAUGUCGGUCGGGAGAGCGUUGCAGGGGAUGGGUGCGGGGUUCACGGUUCCUAGUUUCGUUGUCAUCCCAGCCUCAAAGGGCGAAUCCAAAAUCACCGACCGCCGAAUCGACUUUCUCGGCGUCUCGACCUUCACCAUCGGAAUCGUCUGUGUCAUCUUUUACCUCUCCGAAUCCCCCACAAGCGGCUGGGCGUCCGCGAAAACCCUCACCCCUUUCCUUAUCGGCCUUGCCCUUCUCAUUUCAUUCGUAUUCAUCGAAUACAAGAUUGACUACCCUAUCAUGCCGCUCUACAUCUGGAAAUCUCGGCGCCUCGUGGCGUCCAGCCUUGCCAUCAUCUGCGUCUCGGCCGCGACGAACGCCAUGGUCUAUUUCUCAUCUCUCCUCUUCCAGAACGUCCUAGGCUACACGCCCCUGAAAACCUCCCUGACCUAUAUCGUCCACGGCGUCGGAGCCGUGGUGGCGAAUAUUGUCGUCAACAAACUGUUAUCAAAAGUCCGGACAAAGCUGAUCAUGCUGGUCGGUGUUGCGGAUGCUGAUGAUGAAGACCAAGGCGUCGUUGGAGCCGCACAACAGAUCGGAACACCAAUCGGGAUCGCAAUCGCAAACAUCGUCGCCAACAAUGUCAACUCCCCCACCGCAAAAGGCGCAGAACUCUUGCCGGGAUAUCGCGCCGCGUUUUACUCGUAUGCCGUCAUGGCGGGUGUUGGACUUGUGGUGACGAUUCUCUUUGCGGCAAAUAGCGAUCCUGUCCGGAUGCAUUCACCACCUGCAGGAGAGGUUUGUGCUGGGGAUGAUGAGGCUGGACGUGAGAAGGAGACGAGCGAGGUCUUGAAAGGAGGCUCUUUGAUGUCUCUGGGGGAUGUUAGUGUUCAGCCUGGUGAGAAGAGUGAAAUGGAGGAGAGUAGUGUUCAGCCUGGUGAGAAGACCGAGCUGAAGGACUGA